UAGUGUGGCUGAUGAGACGCUAUUCACUUUAUUACACAUUCUGGGCCAUGGACGCAACCUUUAGCACUAGUAAUAUUUGUUUUUUAAUAGCUAGCUAAUAAAGCCAAGGAUAGUUGGGGAAAUAAGUAGUAGCCGGAUUGGUUGCAGAGUCUGGUCGAGGCUGGUUGGCCGGUGAAUGCACAGAGUGAAGAAAGUGAAGCGUGGGAACAAAACAGAAGGCUACUGGAAAAGUUGUUUAGAAGUGAAUAUGACGGCGGUGGAAGGGCUAACUGAGAGCACAGAGGUGGUGGAGAUGGAGGAUGUCCCGUCUCAGUUCUACGUGGAGAAGCACUCGUGGGAUGGCCUGCGUGACAUCAUCCACAGCAGCAGGAAGUACUCGGGAAUGAUCGCCAACAAAGCGCCCCAUGACUUCCAGUUUGUGCAGAAAAACGAUGAGUCAGGCCCCCACUCCCAUCGCCUGUACUACCUCGGGAUGUCUUAUGGAAGUAGAGAGAACUCACUGCUCUACUCCGAAAUCCCCAAGAAGAUCCGGAAAGAGGCCCUCUUGGUGUUGUCGUGGAAACAAAUGCUGGAUCACUUCCAGGCCACACCGCACCAGGGGGCCUAUUCCCGGGAGGAGGAGCUGCUUCGGGAGCGUAAGCGUCUGGGAGCGUUUGGGAUCACCUCCUACGACUACCACUCCCAGACUGGCCUGUUCCUCUUCCAGGCCAGUAACAGCCUCUUCUAUUGUCAGGACGGGGGAAACAACGGCUUCAUUCAGUCUGCCCCAAUGAAGCCGGUGGAGAUUAAGACACAGUGCUCAGGGACCCGCAUGGACCCCAAGAUCUCCCCAGGAGAGCCCAACUUCAUUGCAUUUAUCAACAACAACGACCUGUGGCUGGCUAACAUCAAGUCUGGGGAGGAGAGGAGACUCACCUUCUGUCACAAAGGUCUGGAUAAUGUGAAGGACGACCCCAAGUCUGCGGGCGUGGCCACGUUUGUGAUCCAGGAGGAGUUUGAUCGCUUCACUGGCUACUGGUGGAGUCCAUCUGCCGUAGAGGACUCAGAUGGGGGGAAAACCCUGCAUCUGCUGUAUGAAGAGGUGGAUGAGACGGAUGUAGAGAUCAUUCAUGUUCCCUCUCCAGCCCUGGAGGAGCGGAAGGCCGAUGCCUACAGAUACCCCCGCACAGGCAGUAAAAAUCCACAAACCACCCUCAAACUGGCAGAGAUAAAGACUAACAACCAAGGCAAAAUCAUGAGCAUCCAAGACAAGGAGCUGGUUCUCCCCUUCACCACCCUAUUCCCCGGGGCGGAGUACAUCGCCCGGGCAGGAUGGACGAGUGACGGCAAAUAUGGUUGGGCCGUGCUGCUGGACCGCAGUCAGAAGAGGCUCCAGCUGGUCCUGCUUCCCCCGGCCCUCUUCAUCCCCAUCACAGACGACCCGGCCCAGAGACAGGAGAGCCUGGAGGCCGUGCCCGAGGACGUCCACCCUUACAUUGUCUACGAGGAGACCACCGACAUCUGGAUCAAUGUUCAUGAUAUUUUCUAUCCAUUCGUUCAAAUGUCCGAGGACGACUUCUCCUUCAUAUGGGUGAAUGAAUCUAAAACGGGCUUCAGCCAUCUGUACAAAAUCACGUCAACUUUGCGACCAGGCUGCUACCAAUGGUCAGGAAACUACACACAUACAGAGGGAGACUUUAAAUGUGCAAUCAAGGAGGAGGUGACUCUGACCAGUGGAGAGUGGGAGGUGUUGGCCAGGCAUGGCUCCAAGAUCUGGGUGAAUGAGGCCUCUAAGCUGGUGUACUUCCAGGGUACUAGAGACACUCCCCUGGAGCACCACCUCUAUGUGGUCAGCUAUCAGUCCCCUGGCGACGUGGUCAGACUCACCAAGCCUGGCUUCUCCCACAGCUGCUCCAUAAGUAAGAACUUUGACAUGUUUGUCAGCCACUACAGUAACGUAAGCACUCCCCCCUGUGUCCACGUCUACAAGCUGACCGCCUCAGAGGGAGACCCUCUCCACAUGGUGCCUGAGUUCUGGGCCAGCAUGAUGGAAGCCCCAGGUUGCCCAGGAGACUACAAAUCUCCGGAGAUCUUUGACUUCCCAGGAAAGUCGGGCUUCCAGCUCUACGGAAUGGUGUACAAGCCUCACAACCUCCAGCCUGGCAAGAAGCAUCCCACAGUCCUCUUUGUCUAUGGCGGCCCGCAGGUCCAAUUGGUGAAUAACUCCUUCAAGGGGAUGAAAUACCUGCGUCUCAACACCCUGGCCUCCCUGGGAUACGCUGUGGUGGUCAUCGACGGGAGGGGCUCCUGUCAGAGGGGCCUGGAGUUUGAAGGGGCUCUGAAAAACAAAAUGGGCCAGGUGGAGAUCGAGGACCAGGUGGAGGGGCUGCAGUACGUGUCGGAGAGGUUCAACUUUGUGGACCUGAGUCGCGUGGCCAUCCACGGCUGGUCCUACGGCGGCUUCCUCUCCCUCAUGGGCCUCAUCCAGAGGCCCAAUGUCUUCAAGGUGGCCAUAGCGGGUGCCCCGGUGACCGUGUGGAUGGCGUACGACACGGGCUACACGGAGCGCUACAUGGAUACUCCUGAGAACAACCCGCAGGGCUACGAGGAGGGCUCCGUGGCUCUGCACGUGGACAAGCUGCCCAGCGAGCCAAACCGCUUGCUGAUUCUACACGGAUUCCUCGACGAGAAUGUGCACUUUUUCCACACCAACUUCCUGGUGUCACAAAUAAUCCGCGCUGGGAAGCCAUAUCAGCUACAGGUCUACCCCAAUGAGCGACACAGUAUUCGCUGCCCAGAGUCAGGAGAACACUAUGAGAUCAUGCUGCUGCACUUUCUACAACAAUACCUCUGAAACCUGUGUGAACCCCCCCCCCCCCGAUAACCCCUCAACCUUGGCAUAGAGACCUCGCACUCUGCAGCCAUGCCCAUCCACCCCACAUUUACCGUGAACUGGAGAUCUCACUCCAUUAUGCCUCUAUCUUUCUCUGUUGCGAGCUCUCUCUCUUUCUCUCUCUCAUAUUCUCUCUCUUUCUCUUUCUCUCUCUUUCUCUCUCAUAUUCUUUCUCUUUUCUCUCUUUCUCUCUCAUAUUCUCUCUCUCUCUCUCUCUCAUAUUCUCUCUCUCUCUCUCACCCCUACAUUAGGGUGGGGGUAGGGUUAGGUUACCUAAGGUGAUCCAAGGCAGUGUUAUCAAGUUUCACUGUGGAAUGAAAGGAGGACAACAUUAUCUGGAGGCUGAGCCGCAAUCACUCUCCGUUGUUUUCCUCUUCACUGGAACCAUGAUUGUUUUGCCAAAUGUUUUUCUUUUACCUACAUUUUAUUCACUCAAGUCAGUAGUAGGUGUGGGGUUCCUCAAACAUGAAAUGGAAUCUAGACAGACAGAAAGAAUAUAGCUAUAAUACUUACUGUGAGUUUAAGCCUUGGAGGUGGUGUGUAUGGCUAGCGGAAGAGACCCUGCCUCUACUUGCAUUCAUUAACUAUUUUAAGUGUGUAUUGUUAAAAUAAAAUAUUUGUAUGGAUUCUUAUUAUUUUAUAAUGAGCGUCAAACGAAGUCCCUCAUUGAUAUAAAGUCAUUUUUGCGCCCUUUCUCUAAUCUCGCCUCGCAUUACAUUGCUCAAGGUGUCGGCUUGCCCUCUGAAGAUACAAUAUUUGCCAAAGUACUUCUGACUUCUGAUCAUUUUCUUUUUUUACUGCAAUAACGAUGCAAGUGUGAGCAGCCGAGUCUUAAACAGCUUUUUACCACCUGAAUAAAAUUUAUACAUGACGAUGAAUAAAUGUAUAAUGAAAUCUC